GACGAGCUUCCCACAAAUGAUCGUUUCACCACGUUGAAAUUUACCUCGGAAUAAAUACUGAAUUAUAUUUUGCUCAGGAACACGCAAUUCAUUAUUUAGUUCAAACAAGAAGAAAAAAUAAACAAUCUUAAUAAGUAUGAAAAAGUUUCCUCACUGGACCGACAAUUCCGCGGCGGAGAAUUCGCCGCGGAAACGCAAUCUUUGUUGACCUCUGGAUGUAUAAAUACUUUUGAAAUCAUUUAGUAAUUGCUCAGAAAUCUUUAUAAAAUUAUGAAUUUUGUGUAGACAUUUCCUACAAUAUUUUCGCCUUCUUUAGUUUGACCUGAAUUUAUGAAAAAGGAUCAAUUGUUUCGAGUGAGAGGUCUGUCGAAACUAAGGAAGAUCGGGUAAUACCGCGAGGAAGUAGAAGCGGAAAUUAAUUUUGUAAUGGAUUGAAAGUCUCCUUAGUCUUUGAGACUAAGAAAAUAAUAAAAAGCCCUGGGGCAAUUCAGCUUCCAAUUCUGUAAGCUAAAUUCGUCUCGGAAGGAACUUUUCAAACAAGCGAAAGUUCAGUACUGUCGUCCGCAAUAAGGCCAGGAGGUUAAAAAUACAAGUAUGAAAUUAUUCCUUGUGGCAAGUUUUGUAAUAAGAAAUGUUCAAAGUGAUGUUCAGUAGAAAGGGAAAUUGGAUUUAGUGGAAGUAUGGAGUUUCAUUUUAAUUAAAGUUUUUAUUUUAAUCACAAAAUAAAAUUUAAUGAAAGUGGUAAGUUUAAGUGUAAGCAGAGGAGCAUAUAGAAUUCCAAUAGUAAUUAAAUAUUUCGAAAGUGAAAUUUUUGAGUAGAUAAUUUAUUACGAGUGAAGAUAGAAGUUAAAAGUAUUGCGAGAGUGCGGGUGACGUGAAAGACUGAUUGAAGCAGGACAAAUUAUUUUGCUUCCGCAAAGGCCGAGAGCACUGAUGACUAGGAAUUUAAUUGGAUGAUAAAAUAUGGAUACGUCGCCAACCCUUGGUUUAGGAGGAUCGAGAGCCAGAACAGCAUUGUUGGCAACAACUGGUUCCGGAAGCGGAAGUACCGAUAGGAGAGUAGUGUUUUUGGCUAGCCAGCCUGCUGUUGGUGCAAGUCAUGAGACAAGAACAUGGCCUCACCACUGGUCUCCAAACGCGACUGGAAAUGACUUCAAGGCGACGGGGGAAUCACCCCACACGGAACACAAGCUGAGGGCAACUCGAGGUCAGGCAAAUUGGUCUGACGACCCCGGAAAUGUUAACAGUAUACCCCGGCAGUCUGGAGGACGACAAACACCGGGACCAUCUUCAAGGACAACCUCUCACGAAGAAGAUUCUUCGCCCUCCUGCAAUGGAUUUAGGUUAGGUGUUUAUGGCUGGAGAAAACGGUGCCUCUACUCUCUCGUAGUAGGAUUAAUGAUCAUCGUCAUACUAAACCUCGCACUCACCCUUUGGCUACUGAAGGUCAUGGAAUUUAGCUUCGAGGGUAUCGGUUCCUUGAAAGUCGUUCCUGGAGGAAUCGAGUUAAGAGGUCAAGCUGCCAUUUUAGACGCCCUGAUAGCAUCCAGUGUAAGGUCGAGGAGAGGUAGAAAUUUAGUCCUGGAAUCCUGGGGAAACUUCACAGCUUCCGCAAGGUCACACGAUGGCCGAGUCCUUGCUAGAUUCACACUCAAUGAGGACAGAGUAGAUUGCGUAUCGAGAGGAUUCAGAAUAACAGACCCCCGAGGAGGACUUUUGUUUUCCGCAGACCGAGAACGAGUCGUCGUCGGAGCGGAAACGUUGAGGGUAACCGGCCUCGGAGGUGCAAUCUUCAAAGGAAGCGUCCAGACGCCUCUGGUCAGUGCAGAAUCUGGACAAAAUCUGAGGUUAGAAUCGGUGACGAGGUCCUUAAAAAUUGAGGCACCGCAGCGGGUGGUAUUGGAAUCCUUUGGAGGUGAAAUAUCAGCCACCUGCCUCUCGGAUAUGCAGCUUCAAAGUAUCGAAGGUGCAAUCAGGUUCGAGUCAAAAUCCAUCUUCCUCAAAGGUCUGAAAAUCGCUGUCCCAGUUCAAGGACAUUCAUCCCGGGAGCAGCAGCAGCAAUAUUCAAGCCGGUCUUCAUCGCACCAGAAUCAACGGGAAUCUACAAUCUACCAACUCUGUGCCUGUGCGAGUGGCAAACUUUUUCUCGCUAGUCCUGAAGGAGUUUGCCAGGCCGACAAAACCAUCUGCUAAUAUCGAACUCAUUAAGUUAAUGAUUAAUAUUGAUUAAUUGGUUAAUUAAUUACUCCACAAAAUAAAAUAAUUAAUUAAUGAAUUAACCUGGAUUAAUAGAGAUUUAAAAGUCCCUGUUUCAUUUAAGAUGACAGAGGGUCUUCUCCAGGAACACUUCCGUUAUCGUGAAGCACCAGCUUCUCGAAAAAUCAUGAUUGGUUCAGAAUUUUUAAUAUUUUCUGAACGACAUGAUAAAUCCGUGUAUCUAUAAGGUAAGGGGUCCUAGUAAGAAAAUUCAGAUCAGAAAGAGUAUAUUUAAAUCACUAUUGGAUUUUUUAUUUACACUAGAUUAUUUUUAAAGUGUUUAAGAUUUUGUUGAGUGUAUGUAUUUAAAUUUUAUGAAGGAUGAAUGCUAUCAGAAUGUUUGUGCUAUAUUGUAAAAGAUAUAAAGAUAGGCAUGUAAUUGAGUCAUUGAAAUUAUGAAUGAUAUUUAGGGUCACUACUUCAAUUCGUCUCUUCAGUUAUUUAAUUUUUUUUGAUAUUUUUGAUAUUUUAAUACAUUGAACUCUUACAGAUAUAUUUAAUAAAUGACAGGAUGUUAAAGAUGAAAAUGUGCUUAAAGACUUUUUCAUUAAAAUUCAUAUGUGAAAAAAUUUUGUUUCAAAGUUAUCGCCCUUAAAGUCAGGAGCUCUUAUCAGGGCCCCUUACUCAAAAAUGUAUGUAGCUACGCGAUGUAUAUCUUGUAUA